AUGGGACCCCCCUUAUUUGACGCCUCUCUCGUACGCGAAAGAUCUUCAGUCGAAGAUCGACAGGAAGAAGCCCCUUGUCCUUUCAAAGACCUUCUGGACAACGUAUCCUCUGUACUGGCAAAAGACAAGGACAUCUUUGCCAUAGGAGGUCAUGUUCAAGACGAAGCCUCUGGUAACUCCAAUGUUACUAUUCGAUGGGAAGGACAUCCCACUCUGAGACUGCCCCUGACCGAUGACACCGCCCAGCUGAAUGCCCCCAUCACGAUGGAUAUAGACAACUUUUGUACUAACUUUGACCUUGGUGCACAUGGUAUCCUCGGCACGAUAAAUCAGAGUUUGGCUCGGAGUUUGGCUCAGAGGUCUUCAUUGGGAUGGCAGGCAUUCAGGGCUGAGCUGUGCAAGCUGAAUGUACACUCUGCUUCUUCAGACUUAUCUCAGACCCUUGUCAACACUCCAGCAUCGAUUGGUCAGAUAGCCACACUUGUUGUCUGUCUACCAGUCGCACACAAAGGAGGAAAGCUCACGGUUCGAGAGAAGGAUCAACAAGUCGAAUUUGACUGGGCAUCUGGACCUUCACACAUGAUCCAAUGGGCCGCCUUUUUCGAUAUCUGUGAACUUGAAACCCUGCCGAUUACUGAAGGUCACAGGUUGACAUUGACGUACAAUCUCUUCUGGGCCGACUAUGUCCCUGGUUUGAUGGCGGAUCAACUGAACCUUGUUGACCAGCAAUCCCUUUACUUCUACAAGUCCCUGGAGAAACUUAUCGAUGCGAUGAAGUCUACUGAAAAGGAACAUCUCGUCGGUUUCACGUGCCGUCACGCAUACCCUCAUACUUCCAGGUCAUCCCACGAGAACCUCCACAAGAUGCUCAAAGGCAUGGACAUGGUGGUCUACCAAGCGCUUAAGCAAAUUCUCGGCCAUGUCACUGUUGGCACAGUCGUCGAUGAUUCGGAAUUCGUGAAAAAACAAUUCGAAACAGAAGAGGAAGAACGGGAGAGCGGGAGAGCGUACUAUGAACUCGACAACAGCUACCUGGUAGACACAGUUUGCAUAACUGAAACACCAGUAUCGGUAAUGGCGGGCCAGCCGCGGCACAAAGAAUGGGACGACUACGACCCUACUGCUGCGAACCCAACCAAUAUUGCGCAUCGCCAUCGUCGUGAAAGCGAGUAUCGCCGUGAGAAGGUCAACUGGCUUAAUCACGCUCCCGACGAGCAGACCCCCAAAGAGGUUUCUGACAUUUAUUGCGAGCCAUGGCAGAGAUACGUUGAUAUAACAGAGUAUGAAUCGUCUGCCGUCAUUUUUGCGUGGGUAAACAAGGUCGUGAGUACAGAGGUCGUUAGUACUGAAGACGAUUAUGAGGAGGAGGAGAGUGGAAACAUUGAAGACGAUGAGGUGGAGAGUGAAAGUGGAAACACUGAAGAUUACGAUGGGUGGAAUGAGAUUUUUGACUAG